GAUACUACGUACAUUCUCCUGACUAUUGUUUUAACUUCAGAAAUGUGCAAACUGAAUCGCCGUUUGUCAUUUAAUAAUCAUAUUUAUAUUAAAUAUGUAUACAUGUAAAAUAUCUGUGCAUAGAUCUAAUACUAUCUAAUGACGACGACUAACUUCUGUGCCGUUCUAUUGCAAUGUUUUCUGCAACUUUUGAGCGGAAUUAUCAUUAGAGGGGUGAAGCGUCGAUACCAACUGCACUCUAUAAUAACAAGUUUAAAGUAAUUCCAAGAUGGCCGGUUACCCAGCCGUUGAGCUUGUGAAAAACACCUUGAAGACGGCCAUUUUAUCCAAACGACAGGCACGCGGGGAAGGAACAAUAAAGGUGGAAUUUAAAGAGACCCCAAGUCAAGAGCUAACACCAGACGAUCUCUUGCGCCGACAGCGACGACGUGAGCAGAAUCGUGAUGCAGCUCGCAGGUUUCGCAUUAAGAAAAGAAACUCCAACACAUUAAAUCAAACGACAUACAACAAGUAUUGGUUGAAAAACACGGGGCUCCAGACUGAGAUAAAACAACUCCAAGAAGAGAAGAAGAAACUGGAAGAAAUUUUAAAAACCCACGUCAACUCAUGCAUGUGUGUUUACCAUACACAACCAAGACAACACCAGCAAAGACUUCAUUAUAAACAACGAGAUAUGAUGUGUAACACAGAGUAUAACAGAACAGACGCCAUUGUUCCAGUCUUUGAUAAUACGCAACACCAUAUACGUCAUUGUGAAAACACGAAUAUGACGUGCAUGGCCAAUUUCAACGCAGCAGAAGCCAUUGCGCCUGUCUCUGGAAAUAAGCAACACCAAAUACGUCAUUGCGAAAACACGGAUAUGACGUGCAUGGCAAAUUCCUACAAAAAGGAGGACGACACAGCCCCUGUGACUGGUAACAGACAGCGAACUCUUGUUCGCCAGUUUAGUAUCCCGAGCGAUGCGCUCACUAAUCUGGAAAACCUUCUUGGAGCACGUGACGUCAACGCUUCCUCUUUCCUGCCGUUCGGUAGUUACUCGGACUUACUCGAGUGCACAGAAUCGGAUCAGGAUGCCAAUCCACCAACUCCAAUAAGCGGGGGGUUUGAGGUCGUGUCGUCUGCCAACAGCACCCAAGAAAAGUCAAUUUUUUUCGGGGAUGACUUCGAGUUAAGUGAUACUCAAGUGAAACGCUGCGGUCGGUCGGUUAAAGUUGAAACUGUUGAGAUGACUGAAACAGAAGAACAGGUUCCAGAUGUCUCCAUCAUCCGACGUGGCCCUAACUUUAAUAAUAAUGACGGACUUCCAUUGCCAAACUUCGAACAACUGUUAUAUCCCGAUGACUGCUGAGCCCAUAACUCAACAUGUAUGUGCAAUAUAAGCAAAUAGACUGUGACAACAGACAAUGGAAUGAACACUGUGUCUACUUUUGGAACGAUUUUAAUACGUCGGGUUGUCAUACUCAGGCUUUGACACAAAUUUCGAGAUAUAAGAUAAACUGGAAAUUAUCUGGGUACGCAGCAGUUAAUUGAAAUACGUGUACUUCCAAUUAUAUUAGCUGUAUUGUUAAUAGUAAUAAGAAUUGUGGUUUAGUCGUAGAUUUAUGUUUAAGAUGUUUUGUCGAGUAUUGAGCCCAGUUCUGGUAGCUGAGUAGCGAGUUCAGGUUAGCGUACUUGUAUCUUAAUUGCAUAUACGACCAUAAACAGUUGAUCAUCAUGCCUAUGCCAUCAUUAUAAUCAUCUUGAUUUUUUAUCUACAUGUACUUAUUUGGUUCCUUUUCCUUUUAACUACAACUCAUUUUGCCUGCAACUAACAAGAAACACACAGUAGCACCCUUACUUAAAAUGGGAAAGCAAGUUACAAAACAAAACUUUUUUGUAAUAACAAAACAAUGUCAGAACUCGAACCUACGAUAGACGUGCUUGAACCAUGAAUGAAUAAGGGCGCAUUAAUACUAUUUUAGUUCUCGGGGACAUCCUACUCUCACCACCAUACAUCACGUGAAUAUAAUCUGCCCGCGGUGGUAAGCUCCUGAUAUGUCAUUUAUAAAGUAGCUUUUUCUACAGUUAUCUUAUAGUUACGUGUGUUUGUUUGAUUGACUGUAAUUACAAGUUGAUUUAUGUUCCCUUAACUGAGUGUUCAAAUGUCAAAAUGCAGGUGCAAAGCGGCUAGAUUUCAAAACCUGUAACGGGAUUACGGCCUUGGCUUGUUGAAGUUCAAAUGUCAACAUGCAGGUGCAAAGCGGCUAGAUUUCAAAACCUGUAACGGGAUUACGGCCUUGGCUUGUUGAAGUUCAAAUGUCAACAUGCAGGUGCAAAGCGGCUAGAUUUCAAAACCUGUAACGGGAUUACGGCCUUGGCUUGUUGAAGUUCAAAUGUCAAAAUGCAGGUGCAAAGCGGCUAGAUUUCAAAAACUGUAACGGGAUUACGGCCUUGGCUUGUUGAAGUUCAAAUGUCAAAAUGCAGGUGCAAAGCGGCUAGAUUUCAAAACCUGUAACGGGAUUACGGCCUUGGCUUGUUGAAGUUCAAAUGUCAAAAUGCAGGUGCAAAGCGGCUAGAUUUCAAAACCUGUAACGGGAUUACGGCCUUGGCUUGUUGAAGUUCAAAUGUCAAAAUGCAGGUGCAAAGCGGCUAGAUUUCAAAACCUGUAACGGGAUUACGGCCUUGGCUUGUUGAAGUUCAAAUGUCAAAAUGCAGGUGCAAAGCGGCUAGAUUUCAAAACCUGUAACGGGAUUACGGCCUUGGCUUGUUGAAGUUCAAAUGUCAAAAUGCAGGUGCAAAGCGGCUAGAUUUCAAAACCUGUAACGGGAUUACGGCCUUGGCUUGUUGAAGUUCAAAUGUCAAAAUGCAGGUGCAAAGCGGCUAGAUUUCAAAACCUGUAACGGGAUUACGGCCUUGGCUUGUUGAAGUUCAAAUGUCAAAAUGCAGGUGCAAAGCGGCUAGAUUUCAAAACCUGUACGGGAUUACGGCCUUGGCUUGUUGAAGUUCAAAUGUCAAAAUGCAGGUGCAAAGCGGCUAGAUUUCAAAACCUGUAACGGGAUUACGGCCUUGGCUUGUUGAAGUUCAAAUGUCAAAAUGCAGGUGCAAAGCGGCUAGAUUUCAAAACCUGUAACGGGAUUACGGCCUUGGCUUGUUGAAGUUCAAAUGUCAAAAUGCAGGUGCAAAGCGGCUAGAUUUCAAAACCUGUAACGGGAUUACGGCCUUGGCUUGUUGAAGUUCAAAUGUCAAAAUGCAGGUGCAAAGCGGCUAGAUUUCAAAACCUGUAACGGGAUUACGGCCUUGGCUUGUUGAAGUUCAAAUGUCAAAAUGCAGGUGCAAAGCGGCUAGAUUUCAAAACCUGUAACGGGAUUACGGCCUUGGCUUGUUGAAGUUCAAAUGUCAAAAUGCAGGUGCAAAGCGGCUAGAUUUCAAAACCUGUAACGGGAUUACGGCCUUGGCUUGUUGAAGUUCAAAUGUCAAAAUGCAGGUGCAAAGCGGCUAGAUUUCAAAACCUGUAACGGGAUUACGGCCUUGGCUUGUUGAAGUUCAAAUGUCAAAAUGCAGGUGCAAAGCGGCUAGAUUUCAAAACCUGUAACGGGAUUACGGCCUUGGCUUGUUGAAGUUCAAAUGUCAAAAUGCAGGUGCAAAGCGGCUAGAUUUCAAAACCUGUAACGGGAUUACGGCCUUGGCUUGUUGAAGUUCAAAUGUCAACAUGCAGGUGCAAAACAGUUAGAUUUCAACAACUACAAGCGGAUUUUACGGUCUUAGCUUGCUGAACAUUAUUUCAGUUUCCUUGAUUUUACUCAUCAAUAUUUCCAUACAAUGACACAUUGAUCUGCUUUACAAUAACAACAACAACAACAAUAAUAUAUUAUAACAUAUUCGUUUAUUUUCACAGUAGAUUCGUUCUUAUGGUUUUGGCACAUCUACGGGUUUUGUUUUGUUGUUGUUGUUGUGGUUUUUUUAUUUUUAUUGUUGGUAUUUUUGAGGGGUAUUGUUGUUGUUUUGUUUGGGGGGUUUUUAAAUUAAAUUAUUAGACUGUUUCAUAGUCAAUUAUAGGUAUAAGUGCAGGCAAACUAGAUGUAGCAGGCCUCUGAGCAAUAUGACAUUUGUGCAGACGAUUUCCAGGUAACCCAUUUCAUUUCAACUAACCCGUUAACACUAAAUGUCGUAAAUAUAAUGAACGAACCAAAACAUUAAUAUACGCAAAACUAAACUUACGCGAACGACGCGUGGACGAAUCGAUCGUUCACGUAAUUUUCUGAGAGCUUGUUUUGGCAAAAGUAAUAAGUUGUAAGCACAAUGAAAAGUGAUUUUACUUUUAUGUGAUUUGCCUGCUUGGGUUUGUUUUCAUAAAGUGUGUUUUUGUUUAACGACACCACUAGAGCACAUUGACUUUUAAUCAUCGGCUAUUGGGUGUCAAACAUUUGGUAAUUUUGAUAUAUAGUCUUAGAGAGGACACCUGCUAUAUUUUACCAUUAGUAGCAAGGGAUAUUUUAAAGUUUUAUAUGGACCAUCCUACAAACAGGAUAGCACGUACCUGCUGUAGUUAAGCUCUUGGUACACCAUUCAUAAUGUAGAACUCUUUAUUACAGUUAUAUUUCAGUUACUCAUAAUUGUUUUUGAUUCGCAGUUGAUCUAGGGUCGAUCCCCGUCGGUGGGCCCACAUGGGUGUUUGUGGUUCCAACCAGUGCCCCACGAAUGGUAUAUGAAAGGCCGUGGUAUGUGCUAUCUUGUCUGUGAGAUAAAAGAUUCCUUGCUUAGAAUGGAAACAUGUAGCUGGUUUCCUCUCUAAGACUCUAUGUCUUAAAUUACCAAAUGUUUGACAUCCAAUAGCCAAUGAUUAAACAAAACAUAGUUUAACUUUUUAUGAUUUACGGUAAUUGUCAUUUGAUUUAUUUCCUUCAAAGUUGACUGUUCAGGUGAUAAACCGUAGUCGUAGAGUACAAAAUAAUUAUUUUCGUUGUCGGUGUACAGACCACAAUAUAUAUAUAUAUAUAUAUAUAUAUAUAUAUAUAUAUAUAUAUAUAUAUAUAUAUAUAUAUAUAUAUGUAUAUAGUAUGUUAUGAAAUAAUACUGCAAUAAACUUAUUUAUUUAUUUAUGUAUUUAUUUGAAUACUAAUGAAGAUACUGUAAUUACUAUAGUAGAUUGUAAAUUAACUGUUUCAGUGUAACACAUGUGACGAUUUUAUUCUGAGCCAUGAUAAUA